UCUCCUCCUCCGGCACAACCAUUUUAAAGGGGGUUACUGCGCGGACUUCCCCAAAGUCCCUAGAUUUUCUCUUUCUGAAUUCACGGUGCCUUGUAGAGGAGGCGGCGGCGACGGCGGCGGCGGGGGGAGAGGAAGAGAAGGAAGCGCCUCCGGUUUGAACCAAUGCAGCCCUGCGGCUCUGCGGGAGGAGCGUCCCUGCCCUGAUGAGCCCCCUCCGUGCGUCCCGGACAGUUCUCCAGCGGGAGGGGAGAGCGGGGCCCAGCGUGGACGAUCGCUGCUUUGCCGGUGGGGGUAGGAUGUGGUGAAAGAAUGGGGCUUCUCCCUUCCGGGGGUCACAAUGGCCAGAGAAGAUUCCGUCAAGUGCCUGCGCUGCCUGCUCUACGCCCUCAAUUUGCUCUUUUGGUUAAUGUCCAUCAGUGUGUUGGCGGUUUCUGCUUGGAUGAGGGACUACCUAAAUAAUGUUCUGACUUUAACUGCAGAAACAAGAGUAGAGGAGGCUGUGAUCUUGACUUACUUUCCUGUGGUUCAUCCGGUCAUGAUUGCUGUUUGCUGUUUCCUUAUCAUUGUGGGGAUGUUAGGAUACUGUGGAACAGUGAAGAGAAACCUGUUGCUCCUUGCCUGGUACUUUGGAAGUUUACUUGUCAUUUUCUGUGUAGAACUGGCUUGUGGCGUUUGGACGUAUGAGCAGGAAAUUAUGGUUCCAGUACAGUGGUCAGACAUGGUCACUUUGAAAGCCAGGAUGACAAAUUAUGGCUUACCUAGGUACCGGUGGCUCACUCACGCUUGGAAUUUUUUUCAGAGAGAGUUCAAGUGCUGCGGAGUGGUGUAUUUCACGGACUGGCUGGAAAUGACAGAGAUGGAGUGGCCCCCGGACUCCUGUUGUGUUCGGGAAUUCCCAGGAUGUUCCAAGCAGGCCCACCAGGAAGAUCUCAGUGACCUUUAUCAAGAGGGUUGUGGGAAGAAAAUGUAUUCCUUUUUGAGAGGAACCAAACAACUGCAGGUGCUGAGGUUUCUGGGAAUCUCUAUUGGCGUGACACAGAUCCUGGCCAUGAUUCUCACCAUUACACUGCUCUGGGCUCUCUAUUAUGACAGAAGGGAGCCUGGGACAGACCAAAUGAUGUCCCUGAAGAAUGACACGACUCAGCACCUGUCAUGUCACUCAGUAGAACUGUUGAAACCAAGCCUGACGAGGAUCUUCGAGCACACAUCCAUGGCAAACAGCUUUAACACACACUUUGAGAUGGAAGAAUUAUAAAGGAUGUCAAAUAAAGACACCACAAAUUUAUUUUAUUGAAUUGUGAAUUUUUGAGCACACACUUGUUUCAGAAAUGUAUAGAAAUAAAAAUAUUGCCAUAAGACAAUGCCUACACAUUUAAUUUUGUAUCCUCUAAAAUAAAGAGGGAAAAGUUUCAUAUUUUAUAAGUCCCCACCUGGACAAUAGUUUAUAAUGCUGAGCACAGAUCUAAUACCCACUUUAUAGCUUGUGUAGGAUUUUUACUGAACACAGUUACGCUUUGAGGUUUAUGCUUUUGAUAGAGGUUGACCAACAUUUCUGCAUCCAUGCAAACGAGCCCUGCAAUGGCGGGCUUGGAGCUACAGUAAAGUCUGAUUUACUUCUGUAAGCUUGCUAGUAUAUGAAGUACCAAGUAACUGCUAAUAUAGGAAGUUAGAAAGUACUAAUGAUUUUUAUUAAUUGGUAUAUAGUCUUUUGAGAGUGAAAUAGAUUAGAUAUAAGAAGUCUGAAGAUUGGUGACUGCCUAAAUGUGAUUUUUGCUAGUUACUAAAGUAUUCUUAACUACUUACAAGAAUAAACUAACACGUUGUCUUAAACUGAUCAGGGAUCUAUGUGUAUAUGAGAGUCUGUGUUGAGUCUGUAUAAUUCGGUAGAUUUCAGUUCUUACGAUGUUCAUAACAAUUGUGAAAAGGAUAAAUUUGUCCCGUGUAACACCAUUAUUUUUAACCUUUCCUGUUAAUAGAGUUUUAAAAUUCUGUCUUGGUUUAUAUUACACAUGUAACUAUUAAUUUAAAUACUUAACCACUAAUUUUUAAAAAUUGCUAGUGUGAUACAGAAGAGUCAUUAUAAUUCAGAAUGUAGUCUGGUCUCUAGGGAGUAUUAAUAAGAAAGUUUACACAUAACUUUGUUCAUUCAGCAAAGACCUGGAUGCUCUCUUUCUCCCAAACUAAGACUCUUUUUGACAAUAAACACUUUUUAAAGAAACUUAUCUUUACCUUCCCCAAACAGGAAGUGACAGUAUUCAAGUCUGAAUAUAAUUCUACAGAGAAAUAGUGUUUCCUUUCUGCAGCAAAAUGCUGUAAUAAUCACAAAAAUAAGUGACAACUUAACUAGGGAAUUUCUUUGCUUUAUUUCACUGAUUACAAUACUAUGGUGAAUUACACAGAUUAUUAAUUUUUUACAAGAGUAAAAUAUAUUUAUUUGAAAUGGGAAAAGUGCAUUUUACUGUAUUUUGUGUAUUAUGUUUAUUUCUCAGAAAAUGGAGA